ACCAUACACAGGACUCUCCAUCUUUAUCUCACAUAGAUGUAAUUCUCCAUAUUAUAUCACAUACAACAUAUUAUAAGGAUUUCACAGACCAAACCUCCAUAUUUCCUGCACAUAUAAAGAAGGUUUAUGACACAAAGAGGAACGAGACCUCAACAUGACAGAAAAUGACAAUACAUGAGGACGACUCUAGGUCUAUAAUAUGGAAUCUUUACAGGAAAGUUCUGGAGGAACAAUGAGUGGACUAGAAAACCCCAUAUCAGAGAAUGGAAAGAAGCAAUUUUCAUGUCCGGAAUGUGUGAAGUCUUUUACUACAAAAGUGCAUCUUGUGGAUCAUACGAGAACUCACACAGGAGAGAAGCCAUUUUCAUGUCCGGAAUGUGUGAAGUGUUUUAGUCAUAAAUCAAGUCUUGUGUGUCAUAUGAGAACUCACACAGGGGAGAAGCCAUUUCCAUGCCGAGAAUGUGGGAAGUGUUUUAGUCAUAAAUCAAGUCUUAUAAAACAUAUGAGAACUCAUACAGGAGAUAAGUCAUUUUCAUGCCCAGAAUGUGUGAAGUCUUUUAGUAACAAAACAAGUCUUGUGGAUCACAUGAGAACUCACACAGGAGAGAAGCCAUUUUCAUGUCCGGAAUGUUUUAAAUGUUUUAGUAUUAAAUCAAUUCUUGUGGAACAUAUGAAAACUCACACAGGAGAGAAACCAUUUUCAUGUCCGGAAUGUGAGAAGUGUUUUAGUCAUAAAUUAAGUCUUGUGUGUCAUAUGAAAACUCACACAGGAGAGAAGCCAUUUACAUGUCCAGAAUGUGCGAAGUGUUUUAGUCAGAAAUCUAAUCUUGUAAAACAUCUGAGAACUCACACAGAAGAGAAACCAUUUUCAUGUCCAGAAUGUGUGAAGUGUUUUAGUCAGAAAUCAAAUCUUGUAAAACAUCUGAGAACUCACACAGAAGAGAAACCAUUUUCAUGUCCAGAAUGUGUGAAGUGUUUUAGUCAGAAAUCAAAUCUUGUAAAACAUCUGAGAACUCAUACAGAAGAGAAACCAUUUUCAUGUCCGGAAAGUGUUUUAGUCAUAACUCAAAUCUUGUAAAACAUCUGAGAAAUCACACAGGAGAGAUGCCUUUGUCAUAUUCACUUUAUGGAUAAUGUUUUAACCAAAAAUCAAAUAUAUAUGUAUAUAUGAGAACAAACAUAACUGGGAAGCCAUAUCCAUGUUCAGAAUGUGGAAAAUGUAUUAGUAAGAUUGUGGUGUCACAGUACGGGAUGUGGCCCCGUACUGUUCUUUCGUCCUGUCAGGCAGAGUCUCUGCAUGUCCCCCGGGCUCUCCUGCAACAAACCCCCAGUAUGUACAUAGGCUGUGUAUAAAUGAUGCACUCUUACUUUAAUGUUUAUAUCACAUGAUUGUUACGCAAAGGGCUCCAGUGUCCAGGUGACUCCCCCCCAAGUGACAUAUGGGCUCCUUGCACAGCCCCCCUAUAUAACAAGGGGAGGGGCUGCAUUCUCUCUCUUCGCACAUUUCUUCUGCUGAGGUCAGGUCUAGUGUUCCAGUAUCCGUGUCCUGAACAUUGGAGGCCUCAGACCCAUAUUCCUGUAGCCACAAGUCGGUCACCAGUCAGUCAAGUUAUCUUCCUAUCAGUCAUCACCUAUAUCAAGUCAAGUCCAUCUGUAGUCUCCGUGGCCUGCACUAAAGUCAGUCUAACUACUGCAAGUCCCAGCAAGCCUGCAAGGUCCCCUGUGUCACUGGUCACCUCCCUGGGAUAUUGGCCAAACUGUACAGACUGUAUCAUCUGUCUUGCCUCAGUAAAGCUGCCGUUAUCCUUAAUUUGGCGUUGGACUCCUUAUUGCUCCUCCCUAGCCUAGGAUCAGCGGGAUAACCUUCGGGUGGUUAAGGCUAAACUACGCCCUGGCGUCACGACAGAAAGGAUUAAUACCACCUGCACCUUGGGCCAUAACAUCUGCCCCACAUUCACCCUGCAUUUGCACCCAGACACCACAAGACAUCUUGCUAAGCAGCACACACAGGGGAGAAGCCAUUUUCAUGUUCAAAAUGUGAAAAAUAUUUUAGUACAAAAUGAAAUCUUGUACAAAACAAAAGGAGAAAAAAAAAAACGGAUAUACUAAAAUGCAGUGCACACCUAUCAGUAACAACAAUAUUCUGUAUAAAAUAUGAAUCUUUAUUAACAAAAGAUAUACAAAAAUACCUGGAUACAAAAAGACACUGUACAAUUAAAAUUGCUCUAACCAGAGCAACCUACAAAAACAUGAGGGGAGGAUAUAACCACCUCCAGAGGGCACAUGUAUAUAAAUGGUGGACAGAUAAUACUGCUCAGUCCUUCUAGAGCCCCAACCUCAUGUGUAAACCAUAUAUAUAGCAGAAAAAAACAAUACCUAGUGUACAGAAUCACAUUACACAGUAUAACAGCAAAGCCAAGUAAUGUUGCCCUAUACUUUAUACACAGAAUGGACUGGCUGUCCUAUAACAAUGAAUGCAAAGUAAAAGAUGCAAACCAGUGUGGGAUAGCAGACAGGGGAUUAGACUGAUGCAGGUAUAAACAGGUCACAGCAUGUGCCCCCCAAAAAUGAAAUCUUGUUCAUCACCUCAGGAUAUACACUCUAUGGGGAAAUAUGGUGUUGUGGAAGAUGUGAGAGCUGACUGAGGAGAGAAGUCAUUAGAAUGUUCAGACUGUAGGAAAUGUGUCCGGGGCUCAUUGUAGGACCUGAUGUGUCAGGACUAGUGUUGCUCGCGAAUAUUCGCAAUGCAAAUUUUAUUCGCAAAUAUAGCAUAUUCGCGAAUUCGCGAAUAUUCGAAUAUAGCACUAUAUAUUCGUAAUUACGAAUAUUCGAUUUUUUUUCACAGUACACAUCACAGUGAUCAUCCCUCUCUGCUUCCAGCUUGUGUGGUGUAAAGAAGGCUCUAAUACUACUGUGUGAGACUGGCGUGCGAAUUUUCGCAUAUGCGAAAAUUUGCAUAUGCAAAUUUUCGCACACAAGAUUUUUCGCUUAUGCUAAUUUUUGUAUAUGCUAAAUUUCGCAUAUGCUAAUUUUCGCAUACACAAAUUUUCUCAUAUGCGAAAAUAAAACACGAAUAUUACGAAUACGCUAAUUUACCGAAUAUAUGACGAAUACUCGUCCAUAUAUUCAUGAAAUAUCACGAAUUCGAAUAUGGCCCAUGCCGCUCAACACUAGUCAGGAUGUCUUCUAAGUUAUAGUGUCUCUGUAAUGUUCUUCUCCCGUCUGAUGGUCAGAUAGGACAUGGAGACGACCAAUCUGUGCAUGAGUCCUAUUAAUUACAUUGGAUGUGUGUAGGAAACCCGCUGGACGUCACAUGCUCGCCUCAGUAACUGUACUGCCCAGCAGGGAAUUAUGUCCUUCCACCCCCAAUCUGAAGAUCAGGGGGGAGAUCACCAUUAUAGGGACACUAAAAAUGCCUGGCUACAAUACUGAAAACCAUUACUGCUAUUUCCACAUCCAACUGGGUUUGGACUAAAUGGACUGUAUCACAAAGUUCUUCUGUGUGAGAAUAAAGUAUGAAGACUUCUCUUUGUUUCUUCUAUUCUUUUUGUAUCUGGAGAAUUCAGACAUUAUUCUUUAUACAGCACAGAAGAAACAUCCUGUGUGAGCUGAUAGUAGAUGGUAAAGAGAUGAUUGCUUUGCUAGAGCCUAGGGGUAUAACAAGUCUGGUAAAGACCAGUUGCAGAAAGCUAGACCCCAUCAUAGUGUCUAUACAAGCAAAUAUUUGGGGUUAUAAAACUGUUAAUGUCUGUUUUUCUACCCCCUAUGGUACCGUGAGUCACAAAGUGGCAAUAGAGCCCUCCUUGGAGUUUGAUGUAGUACUGGGGAUGGAUUUUCCAUUUUUUCAGCAAUUAUGGGAAGACUGUCAGGUGACUAGAGCGGGUACACCUGAUGGGCUCACAACACUUGACUUGCACCACACACUAGUGGAGAGUUACUCGAUAGAGGCUAAGGAUGGGGAGUGUCAGCAGACACAAGAUAUGUGUCAGAUACGGGCCUGCAAGACUGCUAUGGGAGCUGAAGAACAGACCGUGAGUCUAGUCCAAGAGGAUCCAGAGACUCAAGUGACAA